AUGGACGUCCCGCUCACUCCUCCUCCUCGCAUAAAGCCCAUCUCGGCGAAGCCUGUGUCGGUUUAUGAGGCGCAGCACAACAUCGAAGCUUUCGUUUCCGACUUCCAAGCUCGCGGCGCCGCUUCGAACACUGCCAACACCGCGGUGACUGUCCAAUUGGAAAAACUCGCGCGGGCCCUGCAGCAAAAACAGUAG